AUGACUGCUUCGUCUUCUUCAAAAUUUGAAUAUUUACCUAGUCUUCAAUGCAUACGACCAUCGGGAUAUUUAAAAGCAGUUGGUGCAGUUGUUGUACAAAUUGGUACAGUUGUUAUUGUUGGUUUAAUUAAAACAAUUUGUGUAUCAAUCGAACAAACAUUGACAAUCGGUGGAUUUGGUGGAGGUACCAAUGAAAUAGUUGCUCGAAGAUUGUUUGUCAAAUUUUUUGGCAACUGA